AUGAACAACCAAACUCUCCCAAAAGAACAGAAAGAGGAAAAGAAAGCACCACAGCCGACAGAAUUUGAUUUUGAUGAUACAAGCUUAGAGCUUUCAACCAAAUUAACUCCUAGGAAGACACCAGGUUCCUUGAAAGGAAAGAAACGUGUGGCAAGAAUGGACAAAGUCCUUGAUGACUUGAUCAGACAAAGAAAAGCAACAGAAGCUUCAAAGGACCAACGCAAAAAAGUCAGUCCCAAGACGCCUCGUGGUGCAGGAGCUGGCCGUUUCUUCUCCUCCCCUAGAACCCCAGUGUCUGCUGAAAAGUAUACUCCUUCAGUCACUCCUCUUACAACUCCUCGGGGCUCUGGUGCAAAGAGUCCACAUAACCGUCUGCUGGGUGCCAAAUACACACCGCCAUUUCGCUCAGCAUCUACGUCGCCUCGCACUCCAUCCAGUCCUAAAACUCCUACAAGUACUGAAAAGACACCAACAACCUCGCCUGUUGGAUGUAUGAAGAUGAUCGUUACUGACAAAGCGCCUUCUCCCACUGUUGCUAAAGUUAUGGAAGCUGAUGCCAGUGAGGGCAUUACAAAAUUGACUUGUGCAUCUCCGAUGGUCACAAGCACAUCUAGCACUACAAAGUGCACCCCUCUAGCUCAAACUCUUAUGAGUGAGCCGAUGGUAAGCUCCCAUCUCUCUGAUAAUUCUUUCUUCAACAAACCUCGAAAUUCUCUUCCACAAGUUACAGCUCAUCCUAUCUCUAGUACUACUGUUGCCACCACCACUACUACUGCCUCUUCUAUCAAUGCACCUGUUAACUCUUCCUUAUCCACCAACUCUCCUGCACAUGCUGCUACCCACCAGCAUUUUACUACUGUACAGACUGUGGCUGGUCAGCGUCCUAGUCUCUCACUUUUUACCCACCAAAAUUCUGGAGUUGGCCAAAAUGUGCCCCAACCUGGAAUUGCUCGUGUCACCCAAGCACACCUUCCCAAUUCUCCUCUUUCCCAGCCAGCCCGGUCUCCACAUGCUCAGUCCCCUCUAAGCCAACCUGCUCAUUCUCCUAUGACUCAUACCAGUCAGUCACCCAUGAGUCAUACUGUUCAGUCACCAAUGACACAACUCAGUCAGUCUCCCUUAUCCCAACCUGUUAACUCACCAAUGAGCCAGGCAACCCAGUCUCCUAUUUCUCAGCCCAUACAGUCUCCUAUGAGUCAGCAUUCGCAGUCCCCAAUGACACAGCUGGCUCAGUCACCCAUGGCACAACCUGCUCAGUCUCCAAUGAGUCAGACUUCUCAGUCCCCAACUGCCCAGUCUCCAUUAGCUCAGACAGCACAAUCGCCCUCUGCAUCCCAAUCUCAGAUUGCUCAAGCUAGUCAGCUGCGUGGAACAGUGCAGCAGAAUAUAUCUGGUGCCAAGCCACGGCUUAACUUGUCAGGAAAACCUAGGGUUUCCACCACGGAUAAGCCAAAGUUGUCCAUGGCUAGCAAACCACGUCUGUCUUUAGCUUCCCCUUUGUCUGUUUCAACCUCAACUAUCCAAUCACACUUGAGCAGCACACCAACAUUGCAAGCUCAACUCAACCAGGCAGUACAGCAUCAAGUUCUUCAACAGCACCUGAGUCAAACAACCCAGCAGCAGGCAUCCCAGCUGGUUCAACAACAGCGUGCACAAGCCAUUAAUCAGCAACAGAUGAAUCAGGCAGUUGCUCAGCAACAGAUGGUGUCAGUUACCGAGUCAGCUCAAGCUCAAUUGAGCCAACAGCAGCAGCAGCAGCAGCAGUUAGCUCAACAGUUGCAGUUGAACCAACAGUCUCAAGCACAGCUGAGUCAGCAACAGCAACAACAGUUAGCUCAGCAGCAGCAGCAGCAGUUAGCUCAACAACAGUUGAGCCAACAACAGCAGCUGCAGCAGCUUAGUCAACAGCAGGUGCAGACUCCGCAGCUAACACCACAGCAGCAGCAACAGUUGACCCUAGCACUGGCCCAACAGCAACUCAACCAACAGCAGCAAACUGGGACUCAGUCCAUGUCUCCACAAAUGGCCCAUCAGUUGAGCCAGUUAAUAAAACAGCAAAGGAUUCAGCUGACUUUGAGACAGCAAAGAGCUGCUCAACAGCAGCAACAACAGCUGGCUCAAGUAAAGGCUCAGCAGUUAGUCUCAACUCAGCAGUUAGUUCAGCAACAAUUAGCCCAGUUAAAUGCACAGCAGAUGGCACAAACAACAUCGCAACCCCAGUUGACUCAGUCGACAGUUUUGACUAGCCAGUCACUUGCCCAACCAAAUGUGACGGCUGCUUCCCCAGCACCAAAGGUUUGGAGCAAGCCCUCAGCUCAACAUCAGCUUCUUCAAGCAGCUCUUUCUCAAGUCCCACAGAACCAAGCAAGUUUGAGCCAGAUGAUUCAAGCAGUUAAAUCUCGAAUGACUCAGGCCAGUAAUCCGCAUUUGUUGAAAUCUAUUUCCCAGUUAAACCAAGCCAGUCAAUCCCAGAUAAACCAAGGUGCUCAGUUGCAUAUUAAUCAGCCUCAAAGUACACUGACAAGUUCAUCUCCAUCACUAUCCACGCUUGUCAUGGCUUCACAGUCCCUACCCACUUCAAGUACUCCCACUCACUCUGCCUCUGCUGUACCUUUCCACUCUUCUGAUAAUGUUCAAAACACUUCCCAGGCUAGUGGUCACCUCACUCAAGUGGUUUAUCAUUCACAGCCUUCUCUUGUAACUAACCCAUCUCACGUUGGUCCUCCACCUACGACUAGUGCUGCACAAACAGCGACACAACAACUAUCUCCAGCCAUCACACAGCCCUCACUGUUGGUGCGUAAGGAAGAAACAAUCCCAGCACAACAAACACAACUUGGAAUACAGCGAAAUGAAUCUACAGACUAUAAGCUUUCCAUUUUUACACAGGCUCCCUCAUCAUCUGCCACUGUGACGACUGCAGAACCGGUUGCCACUCCCCAGUUUGUGUCACAAGCCCAGGCUACUCGGACAGAUGCAUCACAGAGCCUUUCCAGACAGUUGCCUAACUUGGGACGGAAAUCAUCCCUCACUGGUGAAGCUGGAGGAUUGUCUACUCAACUAACAGUUUCUGAAGCGCCUAGCAGUCAGGCAGGAACAAUUGUUGGUCAAAGCAGCCAGCCUCUGACAACUCAAACCAGAUUUGUGCCUUCUAAUUUGCUGCAGACGAGUACAGAAUCAACUCUACUUGGCCGUGACAAGUUUGUUGCACCAAGUGAUGCCAUUGCUUCAAACCAAGAAAGGUUUACUCUAGUCACCAUGGGCCAGGCUAUAAAUCGAUCUGUUCACUCAACAGUCAGUCAGGCAAGUGAACUUUCAUCCCCAUCUGGUCGGGAACGCCUAACAUUGGCAUCCAUGCUGCAGCCUUUUGACAUGGCUGGACUUUCCCAACAAGAGAAGCAAACCCUCUCCACUCUAACGCAGUCUCGUGAUCUUUCUUUUCUACAAAAUUGUACUCCUGAGAGUGAAGGAACUACUGGUACUUCUCAGCAGUUCUCUACUAUAAAUAAACCUACUUCUACUGUGGGAUUCCCUCAGACCCAUAUGCAAAUUGGGGAUCCCCAGGUUUCUCAGUCUUUUAUAAUGCCUUCAUAUGGUGUGUCAGCCAUGAUUGGCAAGCCUCCACCUCCUUAUUCAGUUGCUAUUGCUGAGAAAGCAUUGUCGCUUAGGACAUCAAUGGCUGGUCGUAAGGACACUAACAUUGUCACUCAGCUUCCGUCAGCAACUGUGGCUUCUGUGACAUCAGCUGCUGACAAAACUGUGACAUUUGUUAAAAAACCUGAGACAUCUCUACCUUCAACUACAGUUGCAGUUUGGGUAACCACUCCAAACACAUCCUCAGAAGUAGGAACCAAUGUUGCCUCGGGUCACUCCUCCGUUGUAACCACUCAGCUGGGUGUGAACUCCCAGCCUGCUACUAGUACCCAAGUAUCCGUCCAGAAGAUCUCUCAGCAACAACCCCAGCAAUCAGCAGCAGCAACAGGUGAGAUUAAUAAAACUCAAACUGAGAAAGAUGAUAAACAAACUAUGGAUUUGGUCAAUACAUCCCUCUCGGCUGUACGCACAGCCAUUAGCAUGGGCAACCAGUUGUACUCCCCAACUGUUACCAAGGAUAAUCUAUUAAUUCGCAAAAACUUACUGGGAUUUUCUUCUCUUAAUAAACCUACUACAGCUUCGGAAAUGGCCAAUGUGACAACAUCUGGCACUUCAUCAAUAGCCGCUAAUAACUCUUUGCUUCAGCAUAUGUUGGGAACAUCCACUUCAGAACACUUAACAACUACUACACCCCACUUGAUACCCUCGGUGUCAGCUCACGAACUUAACUUACAAAAGAUGUCUCUGAGUAGUGCCUCUGUCACCAGUAGCUCAAAUCUUGGUGCCUUGACAACAUCCCAUUCUCUCAGUCAGCCGUCUGUCACUCCGAGCACACCGUCUACUCGGCCACGGUUGACCACCAUUGCAGCUUUAUUGAAUAUUGAUUCAGGUCCUAAAACCCAGGCUGAGCUGCAGAUAAGACAGCUUUCAAUGGCAGGGAUCACAACAACAGAUGGAUCAUCUAUAUCAAACCUAGGCCAGACGCUCAGUAUUAUUUCGCCAGUUACUAGUUUCUCUACAGCAGUUAGCAAAACUGUUAAUCCUUCAUCUAUUGCUACAACCAGUCAGGUUACAAUGGUACCUGCCCUGACAACAAAACCAAAUCCAAACAAUCAUUCAACUACAAAUACAGCUGACAGUUCCCAAACAGAGCAGCAGCAAACUCCAGUUUCUGAAUCUUGA